ACACCACCACCUCUCCCUCAAUAAAAGAGAAGAAACCAAACUCCUCUCACUCUCUCUUCUAGUCUUUACUCUUUACUCAACACCAACCUUCUUUAACAACACUGCCUCUCUUCCAUUCAUUGCUUUCCUCUCUUAUGCUACAACACCAACACCAAUGGCAAAAAGCUUGCAGGACUCUUCCUCCAAAAGACACUUCCACUGGACCAACAAAGUUGGCAAUGAAGAUGAUCAUGGCCAUGAUGACCAUGCUCUUCCUUCUUUGCCAAAAGCAGUGUCUGAUGAAGAGAAGAGGAAGGACACUCCUCACAAGGCGAUUCAGCUGCAGAGGAGGAAGCUCCAGGCAGCAGCAAUAUCGAGGCUGCGGUCGGUGCUCACGGCCUUUGGGAAGAACAGGGGAGGCCUUCCACUGGGUCUGGGGUCUAGAGUUGUAGGGACCCUUUUCGGCUCUAAGAAAGGGCAUGUGCAUUUUGCUCUCCAGAGAGACCCAAACUCACACCCAGCUUUCCUGAUUGAGCUUGCUACUCCAAUCAGUGGUCUGGUGAAGGAAAUGGCUUCCGGGCUUGUGAGGAUUGCUUUGGAGUGUGACAAGGAGAAGGAAGAUCAGGAGAAGAAGAAAACUAUGGAGUCGAAAUCGUCGAAAUCUGGUUCAGCUGUGAGGAGGUUGCUGGAGGAGCCUGUGUGGAGGACUUACUGCAAUGGGAAGAAGUCUGGGUUUGCUAGCAGGAGGGAAUGUGGGCCCAAAGAGUGGAAGGUGUUGAAAGCUGUUGAGCCAAUUUCAAUGGGUGCUGGGGUGUUGCCUUGUGGGGAUGAAGGUGAAGAUGGUGAGCUCAUGUACAUGAGGGCCAAGUUUGAGAGGGUUGUUGGGUCCAGAGACUCUGAGGCUUUCUACAUGAUGAACCCUGACAGCAAUGGAGCUCCUGAACUCAGUAUCUACUUGCUUCGAGUCUAAAACUGAGCUUGGAUUAGCCACUAUGUGCUUCAGGUUCUUGAAGAGUAAGCUCUUGUUUAGCUGAGUUUGGAAGCUAAUUAGUUCUCUACUAGUAUUUUUGUUUUUUUCUUUUUUCUUUUUUCUUAGGUUGGAAUAUUUGGGGAAAAUGGUUAGUGGGAUUAUGUCUAUCUUUCAUAUGAUGUUAGUAUAGGUGGGGGGCAAUACACUAGAACAUGAUGUAGGUGGUGGGGGGCAUGAAGGUGUACAUGUAUAGCUUUUUCCAAUCCUUAAUUAAGUGAUGAUGAGACCUGAUGUUAAUGC